GUUCACUACUCUGAAGAUCUGUUAAUUCGAGCCUUCCUUCCGCAGCCCAUCUCUCCAAGCGGUCACCUUUUCACACCUUUCCAAUAUGCCCAUGGUGUGUCGACUGAAGUUUUACCUGCUCCUGCUGUUCACCUUGGAGUCGUGCCAUAUUACCGAGAGCCAUAAACAUCAGCACGGUGACAGGCGGCUUUCCAGUUCCAUCCACUUCACAAGAAGGAUCCGUUCACGCAUCCAAACGCUCCUGAUGCACUAUAAAGAACAAGAGUUGGGGGACUCAAAGUUUGAGGAUCGCAGCCUGAUGCUGAAGACACUACCCUCCUUGAAUACAGACUAUUUCACUUGGCUGCACAUGAAGGACACAGAACGACUGAACAGGGCUCUACGAGAUCUGAACAUCUUCCUCAUUCACCUGGAUGCCAACAGAAAACAGAUAGAGGAGGGGAUGAACGGCCAGACGGAUACGGUGACUCGCUCCAUGUACGGAGUUCAGCUGGACGUGCAGGACCUCCUCCAUCACAUUAAAUCGCAGUUAAACCGAAUGAGCAGCCAAGGCGGUCCAUCCGGUGAAAUGGUCACAAAGCAGCCGCUCCCUCUCUCGCUGCUCCAGCCUCAACUGAGCUGGCACAAGCGUCUGCAGGGUUACGUAGUUCUCAGGGACUUGGAGCGGUACCUGGGAAAGCUGGUCCGUGACUUCAUUCUUCUGAGGUCCAGAUAUAGGAAGUAG